AAAAGGUCAUUAAUCGAUGUUACAUUGUCUGAAACACUCUCCUGACGCGUAUGAACUGUGCCCUCAAAUCAGGGGCACUGCAGUGAGUGUGACCCGCUUUCAAGAUGCAGUGAGGAAGAGGAGAGGAUGGGGGCACCUCAUGAUCUGAGGAGAGAGGGAGAGGAAGAGAGAGAGAGAGAGUGUGUGUGUGUCAGUCCCACAGUGUUUUCUCUGGAGAAGAGUCCAGCCUGGCUGCUACAGAGGAGGCACACACCCGCUAUGUCCCGAAUUGCCUGCUGCAGGUUGACAACGCUGAAGGAGAAGCAGCUGACUUAACUUCCAUUUUAUCCAAAACUGGAUUGAUGGACCUCCAUUAUGGCCAACUGGACAUGAUUCUGCACUCAGCACCUGUGGCACAAUGUCGAAUAUGAUUUACCUGACUGCCUUUAGCAUUUUGUACCUGCCUGUUUUGCUGUUUGAGGCAUUCGUCUUGUCUAAGGGCAAGUAUGAGAGGUCAGUGGUGCCGAGCUCUGCCUCUCGCCUGGUGGCGAGGAUGGACGGGGAUGUUAUAAUCGGUGCCCUCUUCUCUGUCCACCAUCAACCGUCAGCUGAGAAGGUGGCAGAGAGGAAGUGUGGAGAAGUCCGGGAGCAGUACGGCAUCCAAAGGGUGGAGGCCAUGUUCCACACCUUGGAUCGGAUUAACUCGGACCCAAACCUGCUGCCCAACAUCACCCUGGGCUGUGAGAUCAGGGACUCCUGCUGGCACUCCUCGGUGGCUCUGGAGCAGAGCAUCGAGUUCAUACGAGACUCUCUCAUCUCCAUCCGGGACGACAGGGACGGCUCCAGGUGGUGCAUCGAGGGGGUGCCCUCCAGUCAGCCGCCGCCAACCAAGAAGCCCAUCGCAGGGGUCAUCGGGCCUGGGUCGAGCUCAGUCGCAAUUCAAGUUCAAAAUCUUCUGCAGCUGUUCAACAUCCCACAGAUCGCCUACUCUGCAACCAGUAUCGACCUCAGUGACAAGACACUGUUUAAGUACUUCCUCAGGGUUGUGCCGUCAGACACUCUGCAGGCCAGGGCUCUCCUGGACAUCGUCAAACGAUACAACUGGACCUACGUGUCUGCAGUGCACACAGAAGGUAACUACGGUGAGAGUGGGAUGGAGGUGUUCAAAGAGCUCGCCUCACAGGACGGCCUCUGCGUCGCCCACUCUGACAAGAUCUAUAGUAACGCCGGGGAGAAGCACUUUGACAGGCUGCUUAGGAAGCUGCGAGAGCGUCUGCCUAAAGCCCGAGUGGUUGUCUGCUUCUGUGAAGGCAUGACGGUCCGAGGGCUGCUCAUGGCCAUGAGACGACUCGGAGUAGCCGGAGAGUUUCUCCUAAUUGGCAGUGAUGGCUGGGCAGACCGAGUUGAGGUGGUGGAGGGGUAUGAACAGGAGGCUGUGGGCGGCAUCACCGUGAAGCUGCAGUCUGAAGAGGUCUCCUCCUUCGACGACUACUUCCUGAAGCUCAAGCUCAGCACCAACACCCGUAACCCGUGGUUCCCUGAGUUCUGGCAGUACCGCUUCCAGUGCCGCCUUCCCGGACACCCACUGGAGAACCUGAAUUAUGCACGAAACUGCUCAGAGGAUGAUGAACUAGGUUAUGAAAGUCUGGAGGACAACUACGUUCAAGACAGCAAGAUGGGCUUCGUCAUCAAUGCUAUCUAUGCCAUGGCCCACGGGCUGCAUGACAUGCAUGCUAUACUCUGCCCUGGUCAUGUGGGACUCUGUGAGAACAUGAAGCCCAUUGAUGGCAGCCAUUUACUGGACUUUCUUCUCAAGACGUCCUUCACAGGUGUGUCUGGAGAGGACAUUUGGUUUGACGAGAACGGCGACUCACCUGGAAGGUACGAGAUUAUGAACUUUCAGCGUGUGGAGCCCGGUGUUUAUGACUACAUCAACAUCGGCUCCUGGCAUGAGGGCAUUCUCAGUCUGGAUGAUGAAAUGAUGCAGAUGAACCGCAGUGACAUGGUUCGCUCUGUCUGCAGCGAGCCCUGCUCCAAAGGAGAGAUCAAGGUGAUCAGAAAGGGAGAAGUGAGCUGCUGCUGGAUCUGCACCGCCUGUAAGGACAACGAGUACGUUCAGGACGAGUUCACAUGUAAGGCCUGUGAGCUGGGCUGGUGGCCAGAUGAAGAACUGGAAGGCUGUGAGCCAAUUCCCCUGCGCUACCUGGAGUGGAGCAAUCCAGAGUCCAUUAUCCAGGUGGUUUUCUCCUGCCUGGGCAUCCUGGUCACGUCAUUUGUUGCCUUCAUCUUUGUUUUAUAUCGCGACACACCCGUGGUCAAAUCCUCCAGCAGGGAGCUCUGCUACAUCAUCCUCGCAGGGAUCUUUCUGGGCUAUCUGUGUCCUUUCACCCUCAUCGCCCGUCCCACCGUGACCUCCUGCUACCUCCAGAGGCUGCUUGUCGGGCUCUCGGCUGCCAUGUGCUACUCCGCUCUGGUAACCAAAACCAACCGCAUUGCCCGUAUUUUAGCGGGGAGCAAGAAGAAGAUUUGCACAAGGAAACCAAGGUUCAUGAGUGCUUGGGCUCAAGUGGUCAUUGCUUUCAUCCUGAUCAGUGUCCAGCUCACCUUGGAGAUCACCCUCAUCAUCAUGGAGCCUCCUGAACCCAUUAAAUCCUACCCCAGCAUCAGAGAAGUCUUCCUCAUCUGCAACACCAGCAACGUUGGUGUUGUUGCCCCUCUGGGCUACAACGGCUUGCUUAUCAUGAGCUGCACAUAUUAUGCCUUCAAGACCCGCAAUGUCCCCGCAAAUUUCAACGAAGCCAAAUACAUCGCCUUCACCAUGUACACCACAUGUAUAAUAUGGCUGGCGUUUGUGCCAAUCUACUUUGGCAGCAACUACAAGAUCAUCACCACAUCCUUCUCUGUAAGCCUCAGUGUGACUGUAGCUUUGGGCUGUAUGUUCACGCCAAAGAUGUACAUCAUCAUUGCCAAACCUGAGCGAAACGUGCGUAGCGCGUUCACCACCUCUGAUGCGGUGCGCAUGCACGUCGGCGAUGGCAAAGUUGCCUGCCGAAGUAACAGCCUGCUGAAUAUGUUCAAAAGGAAGAAGAACACUGGAAACGGCAGUUCUAAUGGAAAGUCUGUGUCAUGGUCUGAACCAGGUGCAAGACAUCCUCCAAAAGGGGAUCACACGUGGCACAGACUGUCAGUGCAUGUGAAGAGACAGGAAGCAGGUUCCAAUCAGAUGGCUGUCAUCAAACCCUUAACUAAUACCUACCAAAACAGAGGCCUGGAAUUCUCAGACCUUAGCACUAAGACCUUGUACAAUGUGGCUGAGGAGGACGAGAGUGACCCUAUCAGAUACAAUCCCCCUGUCACUCCGCCUAUGAUGCCUCAUGGGCAAAUUCCCUGUGGGCUGACAAAAGACGUGGAGGAGGUGGAGCUCUAUACACCUCAUCAUGUGCAGCCAAAUUGCAUUCUCCCCCAAAACAUCAUCAUGGACCACCUACAGGAGAAGGCAAUGGUUUGUAAAUUCAACAGUGACAUCCCUGAGCUCAAUGAUAUGAUCAGCAUGCCUGAGGCCGUGAGCGGCGGCAUGCCCGUAUACCACCAGGCCCACCUCAUCCAGCAGGACCCGGUCCUGCCACUGCAGCUGGACCCAUUCAAUGAGGAGCCCACCUCCCCUUUAGAGGAGGAGGAGAUGGAGAACGAGCAGUUUGGCCUUCUCCAUGGUUACAUGUACAACAAUGCCCAGAUUCAUGAAGAGGAGGACUUGGUCGCGGUCAAAUUAGCCAUGGAGGACUCUCUGGCUCUGAUGCCUCCGUCCCCUUUUCGAGAUUGCGCUGCUCCUCCAGUGAGCCCGUUCCCCAAUUCACCGGUGUCCGAGUCGAUUUUGUGCAGUCCUACAAAUGUGACAUACGCCUCUGUCAUCCUCAGAGACUUCAAGCAAAGCUCCUCAACUCUGUGAGGGUGCACACUGAACAUUACCAGUUGUACUGUUUUCAAGUUUCUAAUGACUUGUGCUGUAUAUGAUGAUAUAUAAGGAAACAGUCAUUCUGUGUGACGAGUCAUUUUCACUCUAUAACUGAUAGCUGUUACAUGAUAAGGGUGAACAAGAAGGCGCCACAUUUUAAAACUCUUUUAGAUGUUGUCUAUAAUAACAAAAGAAUUUGCCAAUUACAAACAUAUAUUUAUAUGCUAACAUAAGCUUUUAGGAUAAAAUAGAUUUUGUGCUUAUGAGACAAACAACUAAGAUUGUCUAUGUAUGUAAAUUAAUUAAUAUAAAUAGAUUUAUCUGAGAAACAUAGGCGACAUAAGCAGAUGAGUUUGCUGAUUUAAAACAGGGCGACUAAAUGGUGAAUAUAGUUUGUAUGUAAUGCAAAACAAUCCGAUUUGUCAACAAUAUUUUUAGAAAAUAUGUUUUAUGUUACACAUUGUGUGUUUUGUGCUCUACCAGGAAUGAAAGAAAGUGAAAGUUUUAAAGGAAUAAUUCAACAUUUUGGAAAGAAAACUUGUUUGCAAGUCCAAAGACAUACAAGAUACAUUAAUUGGUGACUCUAAAUUGUCCAGAGGUGUGAAUGUGGGCUUGCGUGGUUGUCUGUCUCCGUGUGUCAGCCCUGUGAUAGUCUGCUGACCUGUCCAGGGUGUAACCUGCCUUUCACCCAGUGUCAGCUGGGAUAGGCCCUGUGAUUCUGAACAGGAUAAGCAGUUACAGAUAAAUAAUGAAAGGACACUUCUUUGCUUUCUUGAAGAGAGUUUGAUGAGAUGAUCGAUUCCAUUCUAAGGCUACGGUUACACAUACAUUAAAAUUAGCAGUGGUGAAUAUUCACCUCCCAAUUAGUUCCAUUCAGUGCGAGUGAAGGCACAAAUAAAACAUUUGCUUCUGGUGGCAAGGAAAAUUCACAUCUUCAAUACCACUUCAACAUACAGCAGCGUAUCUUCACUGACAAAAACCAUAUUUGGGAAAAAUUUAUUUGACGUGUAUUUUGAGUUUUUAGUUUGACCCAUAUCCUAUUCGCUGACAUGGAUGGGGCAAGUUUAUGACCUAUACUGCAGCCAGCCACCAGGGGGCAAUUGAGAUGUUUUGGCUUCACUUUUGGGGAGCUGUCAUGUCAUCUAUCUUUAUAUACAGUCUAUGUGAUAAACCACCCAAUAAAGUGCGUUAUUGGCCGUAAAAUUGAAAAUGUACCAAUAACGUCACAUUUCCCGGUAUUUAUUUGCAAGCUAGCUAACAUUAGCAAGCAAACUAGCUUUGCAUGUGAGUCACAUCCAGCACUGCCCACAUUCGGUGCCAAUAUCCCCUCAGCAGGUGAUGGUCACUCGCCCGCAGUCACUCAUAUGUGACUGUAUCCCAACAUCUGUCAGUUAAAUACAGGUCUGCAGCUAGCAGCCAUUAGCUUAGCAUAGAGACUGAAAAGGGGAACAACUUGGCUCUGUCUAAAGAUGACAAUUCAUAAAUUGUAAUUUUUACACUUUUUAUAUGGAUCAAACAAGGUAUAAAGUGUUGGUCAUUGACUUUAGAAGCAGGCAGAUUUUGUGACAUUUAGACAGAGCCAGACUGUUUCUGUUUCCUCCCUUUUUCCAUGUCUUUCUGCUCAGCUAAGUAAACUUCCUACUGAUUAUAGCCUAGUUGUGUAGUUGUGUGUACAGACAUAGUGCUCUUUUCUAACUUUUGGCAAGAAAGCAAAAUAUUUUCCAAAAUGUCAAACUUUUGUUGUAAGAAGGAAGAGCAGAGAAAAAAUGUGUUAAUUUAAAAUGUGAAAUGCCAACAAGAUUUCUUGUUAAAAAAAAAAAGAAGCAAAACAAAAACAACAUUAUUUGUGUAUUAUCUGUGAUUUUUUUUUUUUUGAUCGAUACAGCACUGCCAAGCAAGUGCACUGACUGUGUCACGAAUGUAGCAGAGGAUAAGUUCAAGUGCCACAUUUUAAUUAAGAUUUCUUUUUUUCCUUUUGUACAUUUAGACCUGUCUCAUUUCUAUGGUCUCAAAAUGCAAGUUGAGUUGAACGUUAUGCUAGUUCCAAAUUUGUAUCUUUUAUAAUUAGACAUCUGGUUUCAUAAUUGUAUAGAUGUAUGUAUAAGAUAAAUGACAUAUGUUUUGUGAAUGUAUGAAUUGUGUAUCAUAUUUUGAUAUUCAGAUGAUAUCUAUAUGCAUUACAGUAUUAGAGGGAGCUCAUUAGCUGUGUUUCUGUUGUGUGAUUGGUUGUGUACACCAAUCAGUUUCUAAAUAUUAAGAGCCUAUCAAACCUGUAUAUUGUGAUGAAGUGCUACUGUUAACAUUAGUAAUACUCUGAAUAAGCUAUCUGCAGCCUGAUAUAUACACAGUAUAAAUUAAGUCUGCCAUUUAAGACAAGUAUUUCCUGUAGAGCAUUUAAAAGGACACUUGUUUGAUUGGAGUAAAUUAAAUAUUUUUU